GGCGCGACUGGUCCAGAGUACAUCCAAGCGUCGGCCACUGAGAAGGCUGGCGAUGUACCGCUGGUCCUUCUACCACCCAGUUCUGCCGCUGUCACAACUGCAGACUCGCGAGUCGCUCGAAUCUUUCUCCCACGCAGGACUUUCCUUCACAAGACCUGCUUGACUGUCACAUCUGGUUCGGACAACAGCCAAGUGCUCUCCGAGAUCCUGGAGGCGAUCAACAACAGCAAGGACAUGCUGACCGCCGGUCAGACUGAGAUCCUGGAGGCAAUCGCUGGGGUGGGUACCAGCAAUGGGAGUGGCACCUGCGACCUCUCCGGGCUGGAGACGGGUCAAAUGACGAUUAUAAAUCAGCUGACUAACAUCACAAUGAAUCUCGAACAGCUGGACUUGGAUGAGCUUCUAGCUCUUAUUGAAAGCGCUAAGAGUAUGAUCCUUGCUGGACAGGAAGCACUUGCCGCGAGCAUCAGCGAACUGGGUGAUGACAUAGACACGGCGAAGACAAUGAUCUUAGAUGGACAGAGUACAAUCAUUACCGACAUCGCUGAGGUGGCGACCGCUAUCGACACAGCCAAGACCAUGCUGCUCGAGGGACAAACCACAAUCACCACCGACAUUGCGACUCUCUCAACGGACCUCGCCACCGCCAAGCAAAUGAUACUGGAUGCCAUCGCCGCCCUGUCAACCGACAUCGAUAACAUCUCGACUCUGAUCGAUACGGUAAAGACGAUGAUCCUGGAAGGCCAGGAGACCAUCAACAACAACAUUGCCGGCGUGUCCACUCAGAUCACGAACCUGCAGGCGACGCUGGAGUCGGAGCUGACUGACAUCGAUAAUCAACUGAACACGCUGGAGACGGGUCAACAGGAAAUAUGCGACAAGAUCGAGGCACUCGACGUCAAGCUCGACACCAUCAUCGCCAAGCUGAUGGGGGGUAACAUGAGCAACGGCAUGUGUGAUGAUGGCUCCACUCCCAUCAACGGUCAGUGUUUCUUCUUAUCUGAGAGGCAAGAAGAUUAUGACACCGCCAGCGCUGCCUGCGUGACCCAGGGAGGGACUCUAGCUACCAUGACCGCCGACAACGCGGCAGCUCUGUACGCACUGGCUGACAUGGCGCCCAACGACAAAGUAUGGAUCGGUCUGACUGCCGAGACGGGGGCCUGGGCCUGGGAGGAUGGCACGGACUACCCCAGCGGCUUCAUGAACUGGGACGGCAACACCGAGCCCAGCCCUGCCAUGAUGCGUUGUGGAGAGGCACAGGCUACCUCUAGCUCUGAUGGAUUCUGGGUUGAACAGCCAUGUACUGCUGCAAGACGAUUUAUCUGCUCCACCUCUCCCUAAGGUCAACGGCCGUUACAUGUGCAGCCAUACGCUACUCCCCCCGUAAAAGGUGCCUAGUGGUACCAGUUUCAGAAAGGCCUUGUCCAGGUUUGACCGAAAUUUGUCCAAAGCAUUGAUUUGUCUGAAAAAUAACCGAAACCUAGAAAUGGGAAAUAAUGGCGCACCUCUUCCUAUCCGAGCGAGGGUUAUGUCGAAAGCGAGUUCUAAAUACAGUGUUUUAGUGUCAUGAUUGUAUUCUUCCGAUUUUGUCCAAAGGUAGCUGGCCUGGCCCAGGCUAAUUCAGAAUAGGAUAUUGGACAAAAUUAGAGUACUGAAAAAUGAAGAUCGUGUUCCGAUUGGAUCGUAAUAUUCCGCUGUUUAUUUAUUUAGGUAUUGUUGCUGUUAAUUCGUUAAUUAUUUAUUGUCAGUAAUAUAUUUUAUUUAUUUUAUCCGUGUCAUGUAUCCAGCAAAAGCGUAUACUGAUGUUCCUUUUUAUUGUCUUACUGUUGCGUUAGGUGAUUGGUGGUAACUAUUUACAUCUUGUAGGGAAUGUAGAGUGCUAUUGUGAAGUUUCUAACAGUGUUCGGUAUGCAUGUUUUGCGAACUUUUUGUGUGAUAAAGCACUCGUAUAAAAUAAAUAAAUAAAUUUGAUAUACCUACAUCGGACAA